GCUAGCAAAAGAACAACACCCAAAGUAUCAUUAAAAGGUCACUAUUGAAGAGCCAUGCGAUAUUGCCAUCCAAUUCCAAGAUAAGCACAUCAUUGAGGGAAAGAUGGCCGAUGGGACGUAGAGACGAUCGACGGACUCUUUGUCUGGUCCUUGGGGACCUCUUCUUCCCUCUUCUUUUACUCAGUAUGUCAAAGGAGCAUUGUAUUGAAGAGCUUUGUGAUUGUGGUUAUGAAGUUGAGAUUAAUAAUGAUUGGAGCGACUUCGAUCCAGGGCGUGAAUUUGUUGCUUGCCCUUUCUACUUGGCUGACGGAUUAGGAUGCACAUACUUUCGCUGGAUUGCUCCGGAGGGUACAAAAUGGCAGAGAGACUUAAUAAUAAGGCUUGAGAAGGAAAAACAAGAGCUUAAAGAUGAGGUAUUUAAUCUAAAGAGACAAAUGGAUGAUAUGGCACAUAGGAAAGAAGAGACUGAAAGAAUUAUGAAAAAGUUAACUAAGCCUUCUUAGUUAGCGACGGUAGUUUAACUUAAUGCAUGAAGUAUGUAAUUGGAUUUGGAUUUGUUGAACUUGCUUGAAAUUGUGUUGAAUGUUGAAUAGCAACAUCCUUAUUUGAAUAUGAUUGUAUGUUUUUGAUUAAAUUUAUGCUGCAUUGUUCGCGGAAUGAUUCAUCGCCCAAAAGUUUGAGUAGUUAACAUCAAUUCACUCAUAAUAAA